GUGGUAAAGCUGCUGCUAGCAAAGGACCAGGCCGAGGUCGACUCCAAAGACAACGAAUAUGGUCGGACGCCCCUGUCGUGGGCGGCUGAGAUCGGGCAUGAGGCUGUGGUGAAGCUGCUGCUUGAGACGGGCAAGGCCAAUGUCGAGGUUAAGGAUAAGAUUGGCGGGCAGACGCCGCUAUCGGCGGCAGCACGGUACGGGCACGAGGCCGUUGUCAAGCUACUGCUUGAAACAGGCACGGUCGACGUCAACUCUAUUGAUAAUUCUGGAAACCCUCUCGUCAGCCUUAGGGGUUAUUCUGGAAACACACCGCUAUUCUGGGCAGCAACAAAUGGGCAUGAGGCCGUUGUUAAGCUGCUGCUUGUAAUAGGUAAAGCCGACAUGGCCUUGAAGUGUAAGGACGGACGUACGCCGCUAUCAGCGGCGGCGCACUGUGGGCAAGAGGCCGUGGUUAAGCUACUGCUCGCGACGGGCAAAGCCAACAUUAAUUCCAGAGAUAGAUACGCAUCAACGCCACUGGCGGGGGCGGCAAGGUAUGGCCAUGAGGCCGUUGUUAAGCUGCUG